AUGGAAGAACAGAAGCCCGUGGCUUUCGUCAAGGAGCUCAUGACGCGCGAGAACGAGAUGUUCCCCCCACGCCCUUUGUCUGCGUACGAUUUCCCGUCUCCUGACCGCGUUGGAGCCGGCGACGUGCAUAUUUUGGUAGUGAAGCCUGGGCAUAUUCCUGUCGAGCCCGUUGCUGCCGUCAAGAAACUUCAGAAAGUUCAGCACGCUAACUUCGUGGCUGCUCAAGACGACGGCAUUCGGCACUCUUGGCAGAUCCCUUUAAUCGAUAAUCCUCCAGGCUCGGGGAAAUCUCACUUCGGUCUCGAGUACAUUAACGAGUGCAAGAGGAUGCUGAAAGCACAAGAAACGACAAGCGUCGCGACUACUACGAUUCAAGGUCUGCAGACUCCUCGAUGCCAGAGUGAACAUAGGCGGCCAACACGCCGCGAUUUUCUCGAGCAAGUGUGCAAGUGUCGUACCGUCAUUAUCCGGGGGAGCCCAGGUGAAUUUGUUGGCGAUCAGUCGAAAUCCAUGACAACUUUGGUGCAUUCCGCGUUGGUCGAAGCUAUCCGCGAGAUGCUGGAGCCUGGCACCAUGCCAUGCUUGACCGCCACGGACUCGCCCUGGCGAUUCGCAACGAAGCUCGUGCAAGCGCUGGGGCCGCUUUUUGUUGUACUGGACGAUGCUCUCGAUUGUUUCGAAGUCUCUUUCAGCUGUAUUGACCGCUCUCGUGGGGAUAUGGAGUCGCGUGCGCGCUUUAUCCGCUUCUGUGAGGACGUGCUGGUGACUUGGGCGCAGAUCCCGCAGCUGCAAUUUGUUGUCCUUGGCUAUGGACGCUAUCUGCAAGUGGAGCGCGAAUUUACCGUACUUGACGAUUUUUCUCGUGAUCUCUUCACUAUUGUGCGAUUGCCGUUGAUGCUCAUGCGCCCCAACGCCAUCAAGCAAAUCCUGCUGAAGACACAAAUGACGAGCACAGAUACCAUGAAACUUAGUGACCGCUGGGAAUUAACCUCGGACGAAUCUCUGCAGAACGCCGCGUCGCUGUUGUUUACCGCUUCGGCGGGUCAUCCACAGGAGAUCGUGGCUAUGCUGAGAAAUCAUUCUUCGCUUGAUGACUUCAGUGCGUGUGUGAACGCUGGCGGCGACUACCACAUUAGCCUGGCGCAGAUUGAUGCACUCUAUAGACGCGUUCUACUCUGGCAAUCGACGCUCAGAGAAUGGUUUGGCUGGGACGACGUCGAGACUUCCACGUCUCCACCACGCGUCAACCUUAUGAAGGUGGUGACGGAUAUCAACGGAGAGGAGGAGAUGGCGACGACGAUCUCUGCGCAUCGCGUGAUCGUUGAUACAAUUGUAGGCGUCUUACACCCGUUCCGAGAGUACGUGACUGGACUUGCUCGAGCAAUGCCCUUUGUGACGCCACAGCGCCGAGAAGUUUUCCACUGGAUGUGCUUCAAGAGACUCAGCGAGUUGUUUUCACUCGAAUCGUCGCUGAAAGGCGCGCUACCCUUGUUUUUCGCUGACACGGAGCUUUUGACGCGUUUUCUGGGGCUCGCGUUGCGCCUUUACUACGCCAGCGAGCAGAACAAGCUGGGGGAGAAACGCAUCCCCAAGAUCGAGAUGCUGGUUGUGGGGCUGGCAGCGAUAAACCAGACUACACCGGUCAGUGGCGCAAGGAUUUACAGGGAAUGCUUGAACUUUGAAAAGGUUCUUUCAAACUUUGAUGAGUUGACUGAAGCAGCUGACACUGUCACCAACGUGCUGCUGGUCUGCGCAACAGCGUACGCGGAGGAUGUGCUCGGGGAUUUUGCGGGUAAAGCGUCUGUGAGUUUCGAUCCUGAGGCGUAUGACUGCGGACGCAUUUCAGAAGUGCUGGUACUCAAUCUAGCGCCGCAGGCGUGGCGGGAGCAAUUUUUCGGAGUAAGUGAUGGUGAGUUAUUGGAGAAUUGUGUGGAGUUGCUCGUUUCGAGAUCCAAGGAAAACUAG